GAUGGAGGUCCUGUCUGGUCUGUCUGGUCUGCUGCACUAAAUAAACCCAAAUAAAGACUCCAGCUCAGAGUUUCUGUCGGACCUUCUUGUCUGCAGCACCGUCUCUCUCUCUGGGCUCACCUGGACCUGCAUUUACAUCCAUUGAUUUAUAUUAAUCAUCUCUAUUUUUUUUUAAUCUCAAACCUUGUUGGAGUGUGUCGUCUUUUAGGAGAAAAAGGCUUCCAGGGAUGGAGUCGAUGCCUGGACAGCAGCAUCGAGACCCGGGACGAGACGCCAGCUCCUCCUCCUCCUCACCCCCCAACACCAAGCAGGACGCACCGAGCUACUCUCUCAAACCCAACCAAGUGAGUGAGACGGCCCUGUACGGGGUGCCCAUCGUAUGUCUGGUCAUCGACGGUAAGGAGAGACUCUGCCUGGCGCAGAUAUCCAACACCCUGCUGAAGAACUACAGCUACAACGAGAUCCACAACCGGCGGGUGGCUCUGGGCAUCACCUGCGUGCAGUGCACCCCGGUGCAGCUGGAGCUGCUGCGGAGAGCCGGAGCCAUGCCCAUCUCCUCACGGCGCUGCGGCAUGAUCACCAAGCGGGAGGCCGAGCGGCUCUGCAAGUCCUUCCUCGGAGCUCACAGUCCGCCCAAACUACCGGAGAACUUCGCCUUUGACGUGACGCACGACUGCGCCUGGGGCUCCAGAGGCAGCUUCAUCCCGGCCCGGUACAACAGCUCCAGAGCCAAGUGCAUCAAGUGCACCUUCUGCAACAUGUACUUCUCUCCGAACAAGUUCAUCUUCCACUCGCACCGCACCACCGAGUCCAAGUACCUGCAGCCGGACGCGGCCAACUUCAACUCGUGGAGGCGCCACCUGAAGCUGACGGACAAGAAGCAGGCGGACGACGUGCACCACGCGUGGGAGGACGUGAAGGCCAUGUUCAACGGGGGCAGCAGGAAGAGGACUCUGCCCAUGGGGGGGUCGUCAAUGUCCUCCAUGAAGUCCUCCUCGUCCAGCCUGGCCCAGCAGACCAGCUCGGCUGAAAUCCCUCACAAAGCAUCCCGGUGCGAUGAGGAUCAGGUCAGUUUGGCCACCGGAGCCCGGUCCUACCCGGUGAUCCCGGUGCCCAGUAAGAGCUUCAGCCUGCUCCAGAAGAUCCCCCCUCCUCUGUUCCCCCAUCACCCCUACGGGUUCCCCCCAUACGGGCUGUGUCACAAGAAGAGCGACUCGGUGCCGGAUCAGAACAAGACCACCACCACGGUGUCCGGUGUGUUCUGGCCCGGUGGAGCCAAAGACCUGUACCCGGCCUUCCCCAUGUUCUGGCCUACAGCUGGAGGACUCUACCCGACCUCUCCACCAAAACCUCUACCGGAGCUGCCAGGAGUCCGGCAGGUGGACUUGGACUUACCGGAUCAAAGCGACACCCCCAAAGACUCGAACCAGCACCCUCUCCAUCCUCACCUCCAGGACUCCUCCAGCUCCCAGUCCUCCUCCACCAGGAACGACGAGGACAAGUCCGGAGACGAGGCUCCGCAGAGGAAGAUCAGCUACAUCUCGGCCUUCAGACCCGUCGUGAAGGACGUGGAGACCAUCCAGAAGCUCUACGGGAACCGGGACUACUCCAGUGCGCGUCCCGGUGGAUACCUGUCACCGGAUUUUAUCAGCGAGAGCUCGAGCUAUAGGUCCGUAUCACCGGACAGGGACAGCGUGGUGGACGAUGAGGAUGAUGAUGAUGACCUGGACGUGGAUGUGGAGUCCAACCGGGGACAGGAUGAGGAGGAGGAACCGAUCCAGAUCUCAUCACCGGGAGGGGACCACAGUGAGUCCUCCCCGGUGCCGGACCGGGUCUCCUCUGGUGCUGAGGAGAGUCAGGAGCAUCCUGCUGCCUCCAGCUCUCCUCCAGCAGCAGCAGCAUCACCGGAGGACUCCUCCGUCCACACCGGGUCUUCAGAUGAGGACAGACGGAUCCGUACUGUCUCCCCUCUUCCUCUUCCUCUUCCUCUUCACCAGGUGUACGCGCAUGAAAAGGACUCGAGCCACGUGCUGCUGAGCGAGCCGUCGUCGUUUGGCUCCAAACACUCGAGCAGAUCCAACGGUGUCCAUCACGUGUCUGAAAUACAGAACCAACGCAACGCGUCAUCCUACCACGAGCAGAAGGACAGACAAGCGGAUGGAGCUUUACGCAUCGACAUCAGCGUGCACGAGAGAGAUCUGGAGAGCAUGGCGAAAGAGGAGUUGCAGAAGCAGCUUGUGGAGCAAGUGGAGUUGAGGAAAAAGUUGGAGAGAGAAUUUCAGCAUUUAAAAGAUAAUUUUCAGGAUCAAAUGAAGCGUGAGCUGUCCUACAGAGAGGAAAUGGUCCAGCAGCUGCAGAUUGUUCGAGAAGCUCAUGACGCCCUUCACCAUUUCUCCUGCAAGAUGCUCACCCCUCGUCAGUGUACCGGAGCCUGCACCUUCAAACCGCCGCUGCUGCCUCCCUAGCGCCCGGCGCCACCACCCUGCACCUGACCCCAGCACAGCCAAAAAAAAAAAAACAACACAGCACACACAGGUCUGCUUGAAAAAGCUCUCAUGUGUUCACCUCCACCUGUAACCCAAGGAUUACCAACCUGCUGUAUAGAUACACCACUGAUUUUAGCACUUGAGUGAAGACUCGGAGGAGGUUUUGGCAGCGACCUCUCCACCCAAAAAAACUGAACUCUUGACUAAAAGAGAAGUUCAUUUUAUGUUGUGAGUCAAAGGAUUGCAAAGCUCAAACCAAGAAGUCUCUCUGAAUCAAAGUCGUCUGCUCUUUAGCUACUCUGAAAAGAAAAAGCAACACUAUAUAUACAUAUACAUAUAUAUAUAUAUACAGUAUCACGUGACGAUGUGCAAUGGCUCGUAUAAUUGUGAUAUUAAGUUGAAAAUGUAUCUCAUUAUUUAGUUUUUGUUGCUUUGAGUUUUUACAUAUAUUUGUUAUUUAUCUUUGGUUUAAUUUAUUCUUUAGAUUAUUUGUAACACUGUAUACGUUGUUAAGCACUUUAAAUGGGCAACAUUUCUGAAUUUGACCAUGCCGUCCUAUACCAAAUUCUUUUAUCAAAAUGUUUAAAAUAGAGUACAUUAUUAUGAGCACUUACUUCAACGGACGUUCAGGUUUGACAUCGAACAAUAAAAGAUUUUGAAGUGAUAAUAAUAAAAAAAAAAAAAAAAAGAAAACAGUCGAGCCAUUUAUAGAUAUCAUGUACAGUUUAGACUAUUUUAACAUAAAUUUGAUCCCAUAAUUCUCUCUGUUUCAGGGUCUAUCAUUACAUGCAUCUGUGAGUCACAACAGACAAAAACCAAAACCUUUUCCUAUCAUCUGAUGGUGUUUUUAUAAGAAGAAGACACUGUAUGAAGUUUGUGUAAUCUGCCAUUCACACAGCUGCAUUUCUUUUUCUCUCAUUUGUUGUUUCUGACACAAUCUACCCAGAAUUUUCCCAUUUCUGUAUGUACCCAUGUCAAUAUUAAUAAAAAUGUGAAAGCCA